ACAAAAAGCAGACAAAAUAUCAAAUCAUAUAAUAACUGAAAAACGAAGAAGAAGAUGAAGAAGAAGACUCCAAAAAGGAAAAAAAAAGUCAAACUGUGAAUGGUAGUUUAAAUCGAACAAAGACUGAAAACAGACUAAACUGUCUGUCACUUCCAAAAACACCUUAAAAAAUCUCCAUCCAUGGCAGUCUCCGAUCACCAAGAACAAAACAACCGCGGAUCUCCAGAACUCCCUGAGGUCAUCGUCCUCAAACAACCACCGGUUUUCAGAACCUUCGAGGACCACUUUUCAAGUAGGUUUACUCUCUUGAAAGCUUCGGAUUCAGAGCUUCCUCUGGACCAGUUCUUGGCCGCCAAUGCGCAAUCGGCUCAGGCUAUGCUCUGUUCCGGUGGCGGACCUCGUAUCAGCGACGAGAUUCUCCGACAGCUCCCGUCGCUCAGGCUCGUCGUCACCACCAGCGCCGGUCUCAACCACAUCGACUUGUCAGAGUGCCGUAGCCGUGGAAUCUCCGUUGCCAAUGCCGGAGAUGUGUUUUCAGCGGAUUGUGCUGAUUAUGCGGUUGGAUUGUUGAUAGAUGUGCUAAGAAAGAUUUCGGCUGCCGAUCGGUAUGUUAAGAAAGGGCAUUGGGCUAAUCUUGGGGAUUUUCCUCUUGGAUCUAAGCUGAGAGGAAAGCGGGUUGGGAUCGUGGGGUUGGGAAGAAUUGGCAUACAAGUUGCCAAAAGGCUCGAGGCCUUUGGCUGCAGCAUCUCAUACAACUCAACCAAGAAGAAAGACUUUGUCGCUUACCCUUUUUAUGCAAAUGUUUGUGAACUUGCAGCUGAUAUGGAUGUGCUCAUCAUAUGUUGUGGACUCAACGAGCAAACCCGCCACAUGAUCGACAGAAAGGUCUUGUUGGCGCUUGGAAAAGAAGGUGUGAUUGUGAAUAUAGGAAGAGGAGCCAUUAUCAACGAAAAGGAAAUGGUGGAAUGUUUGGUUCAUGGGGAGAUUGGAGGUGCUGGUUUGGAUGUGUUUGAGAAUGAGCCUGAUGUUUCUAAAGAGCUCUUUGAACUGGAAAAUGUUGUGCUUUCGCCACAUUUGGCUGUCUUUACACCCGAAUCAUUCGAAGAUUUGCGUGAUAUUAUGAUUGGGAAUUUGGAGGCUUUCUUCUCAAAUAAACCUCUGCUCUCUCUGGUUACAGAUCAAUGAGUAUAUUUGUGUUUCUUUUCCUGGAUAGUUUUUCCAAUCAUGUUUAAUGAUUUUUGCAUGAAGCUUCUUGCUUAUUCAAGUGACUUCUUGAAAUUUGAUAUAUGCCACUGUAAGUGUGUUCUAAUCGGAUAGCAAUUAAGUGGUGAAGUCCAUGGAAAAGGAUGGAAACUUAUGGUUGUUCGCAAAUGGACAUAUAUGCUUAAUU